AGCGUGAAUCCCUUCAUGCAGUCUCCCCACGUGCCACUGGCAUGUUGCUCCUCCAUGCUAGGGAUUCGCCUGCCUCACCUGCAGCGCCGAUCCGACGCUGUGAUUUCCUCCCGAGAAAGCGGAAUCCGUCGGGCCCUGCAGCGCGCGUUACAGCUCAGUCCCCGGGUCGCUUCACUUCCGGGUGCGACUUCCACCUACCCGGGACUUCCUGGGGCGAGCACACCGCCCCCACCCCAGCCACGCCCCUGAGUCGCGCUGCGCAAGCGUCGCUGAGCUGAUGGCUUCACGGUUGUGAGUUCGCAGGCGCGUGGGAUCCGGCUGCUCAGUCCUCCGGGCUGUGUCUAACAGGUGUUGCCAGAGGUUGAAGCGUCUCCGCGCUCGAGGGAUUAGAAGUUACGUCCUUGGGCCCUGCUAGCGUCAUGGGCAGCGGCUGUCGCAUCGAAUGCAUAUUCUUCAGCGAGUUCCACCCUACGCUAGGACCCAAGAUCACGUACCAGGUGCCAGAGGACUUCAUCUCCCGGGAGUUGUUUGACACAGUCCAGGUGUACAUCAUCACCAAGCCAGAGCUUCAGAACAAGCUAAUCACUGUGACAGCCAUGGAGAAGAAGCUAAUCGGCUGCCCCGUCUGCAUCGAGCACAAGAAGUACAGCCGCAAUGCCCUCCUCUUCAACCUGGGUUUCGUGUGUGACGCCCAGGCCAAGACCUGUGCCCUCGAGCCCAUCGUCAAAAAACUGGCUGGCUACCUGACCACACUAGAGCUAGAGAGCAGCUUCGUAUCUACGGAGGAGAGCAAGCAGAAGCUGGUGCCCAUCAUGACCAUCUUGCUGGAGGAGUUAAAUGCCUGUGGCCGGUGCACUCUGCCCAUUGAUGAGUCCAAUACCAUCCACUUGAAGGUGAUUGAGCAGCGUCCAGACCCUCCUGUGGCCCAGGAGUAUGAUGUUCCUGUCUUUACAAAGGACAAGGAGGAUUUCUUAAAUUCACAGUGGGACCUCACCACACAACAGAUCUUGCCCUACAUUGAUGGUUUCCGUCAUGUCCAAAAGAUUUCAGCUGAAGCAGAUGUGGAGCUCAACUUGGUGCGAAUUGCCAUCCAGAACCUGCUGUACUAUGGCGUUGUGACACUGGUGUCCAUCCUCCAGUACUCCAAUGUGUACUGCCCAACGCCCAAGGUACAGGACCUGGUAGACGACAAGUCUCUGCAGGAGGCGUGUUUGUCGUAUGUGACCAAGCAAGGGCACAAGAGGGCCAGUCUCCGGGAUGUCUUCCAGCUAUACUGCAGCCUGAGCCCUGGCACUACUGUCCGAGACCUCAUUGGCCGUCACCCCCAGCAGCUGCAGCGCGUCGAUGAACGGAAGCUGAUCCAGUUUGGACUUAUGAGGAACCUCAUACGGCGGCUACAGAAGUACCCUGUACGGGUGUCUCGGGAGGAGCGGAGCCACUCUGCCCAGCUUUACACAGGCUGCCACAGCUAUGAUGAGAUUUGCUGCAAGACAGGCAUGAGCUACCAUGAGCUGGAUGAGAGGCUGGAAAACGACCCCAACAUUAUCAUCUGCUGGAAGUGAGUCCUGGAGCAGCUGGACAGAGCAUACUGCUGUGGCCACACCCUACUGCUAAG